UUUGGAAACUAGAUUAUGACCGUCGAUUGAAUCCACCUAUCCUCCCACGUCAUCACUUAAGAUCUCCUCGUAGACCGUCACCAGACAGCUCCUCCCUUCUCCCUGCAAUUAAAAUAGCCUGACAUUCUUCAUCUGUGGUAAUGCUCACCGCUUACCAUGCACCUCUGUUAAUAUUAGCCGUUCGAUCUUUGAAUCAAUUCAAAAGCACAGGCUGUCUCUUGUGCGUAUAACAGAUUUUAAAAACAGAAAAGACCCACUUCUCCUUUCCAUCGGUCAUCGCACACCAAAACCCAAGCUUUUUUUUAGUUUAGUUAAAGAACUGUUCCACUAGUUCAAAUACACUUGUUUCUGUUUCACUCCCCACCCAAACCUCAAAAGGAGCUCCUUUUCUCACUCCAGAUUCUUUUCCCCCCUUCUUUCUGUUUUUUUUUUUCGGGUUUUCUGGUUUAGUCUGUAGAUAUCCUUUCUGGGUUUUGGUUUUUUGAAUAUUCAGUACUUGUAAGCAAAGACUCCAUGGCUCUGCUGCCCUUUCUCUUCUUAUUGGUAGUAUAUGCGGUUUCUGCUGAUGAAGAUGCUUUCAUUGGUGUGAAUGUUGGUACUGCUCUCUCAGACAUGCCAAGUCCAACUCAAGUGGUGGCCCUUCUUAAGGCCCAGAACAUCCGACAUGUCAGGCUAUAUGAUGCUGACCAAGCCAUGCUGCUUGCACUUGCCAACACAGGCAUCCGUGUCUCAGUUUCUGUUCCAAAUGAGCAGCUUCUUGGUAUUGGUCAAUCAAAUGCUACUGCAGCCAACUGGGUUGCCCGCAAUGUAAUAGUCCAUGUUCCUGCCACCAACAUCACUGCUAUAGCGGUUGGAUCUGAAGUUUUGACUACCAUCCCAAAUGCUGCACCAGUCUUAGUCUCCGCGCUAAAGUUCAUCCACUCAGCCCUUGUUGCGUCUAACCUUGAUGGCCAAAUUAAAGUCUCUACUCCACAUUCUUCUUCCAUCAUCCUAGAUUCCUUCCCCCCUUCCCAGGCUUUCUUUAACCGCACAUGGGACCCAGUCAUGGUUUCCUUGCUGAAAUUUUUGCAGUCAACUGGAUCAUACCUUAUGCUAAAUGUAUAUCCAUAUUAUGAUUACAUGCAAUCAAAUGGUGUGAUCCCCUUAGACUAUGCACUUUUUCGCCCCCUCCCUCCUAACAAGGAAGCUGUAGAUGCUAAUACACUUCUUCAUUACACUAAUGUCUUUGAUGCUGUAGUUGAUGCAGCAUAUUUUGCAAUGUCCUAUCUGAACUUCACCAAUAUCCCCAUUGUUGUGACUGAGUCUGGUUGGCCCUCCGAAGGUGACUCAAAUGAGCCAUAUGCAACCAUUGAUAAUGCAAAUACUUACAACAGUAACCUAAUUAGGCAUGUUCUUAAUAACAGCGGCACUCCGAAACAUCCAGGGAUUGCAGUUAGUACUUACAUUUAUGAACUCUAUAAUGAGGAUUUGAGAACUGGACCAGUUUCUGAGAAGAAGUGGGGACUUUUUGAUGCCAAUGGUGUGCCGGUUUAUGUCUUGCACUUGACAGGUGCUGGUACUGUGUUGGCAAAUGACACAACGAACCAGACCUUUUGUGUUUCCAAGGAAGGUGUUGACCCAAAGAUGCUACAGGCGGCACUGGAUUGGGCUUGUGGACCUGGAAAAGUUGAUUGCUCACCUUUAUUGCAAGGUCAACCAUGUUAUGAACCAGACAAUGUGGUUGCACAUUCAACAUAUGCUUUUAAUGCCUAUUUCCAGGAGAUGGACAAGUCUCCAGGGACCUGUGAUUUUAAAGGGGUCGCUACAAUAACUACCACCGACCCAAGUUAUGGUUCUUGUAGAUUUCCUGGAAGUGCUGGAACAAAUGGCACCUUGACAAAUACCACAUCGCUUGCCCCAUCUUCCAACUCAACAAGUUCUGACAGCCCUCCGCUACAUCUGCACAAUAUUGGUUCUUUCACAACCUCUGCGAUCAUAGGUGCUUUUCUAAUGAGUGCAGUUUUCUUGUAAAACUGUGCAUUUGUAAUUUCAUGCAAAUCUUGGAUGCAAAUAUUUGGAAAUUUGGUUUCAAUUCUAUUGGAAAACGUACAGCAAUUCCCAGUUUUGGUCUUCCUGGAUAGGAGUAAAGGGGUGGAAGUAACUAUGUCCUAACAUGAGUAUUCUUGUACAAAACCAACCAAAAUGAUUGCUCGGAGCAUAUUGUAAUCAUUUUAUGAGGGUGAUUUGGUUGUAUUCUUUGAGCGGACAGACUUGUGACGUUCGAUUUUUAUUCAGUAGUAUGAUAAUUUUUGUUAGGUUGCACAAAUUUUGGUAAAUUGUUUCUUCCAGCAAUCAUUUGCCUGCACAGACAAAGCAAUAUGCUGGACAGGAGUUUAGUGGAGAAUUCUGCAGUAGCCUUUUUGUCCGAGUCUUUUGAAUUUGUAAUCUCAUUUUCAUAAUUUAUUUUACCUUAUUGAGCUAUG